AUUUGUUUCUAUGGCACAAGUGCUUGAGCUGCACUUUUGUUUGAUACCUUGCAUUCUGAUGAUUUGCAUGAAUGCUUGAAACUUGAAUGUCAGUGUUGAGGGAACUUCUACCAGAUGAUAUUCAAUUGCUUGUGUUGGUUUGAGUUAGCUUUUCUUUUUCUUUUUUUUUUUCUGAAAACCUUGCCUGUCCAUGUAAUGCAGAAUAAUAAAAGGGAUACAUUCAGACGUUUCAAAUGUUGUUCGUGCUGAUGAGUUUUUUGAGUAUAAAGAUCCAGUGGAUGGUUCCAUCUCUAAGCAUCAGGGUAUCCGAUAUCUGUUUGAAGAUGGUUCGCGAUUGGUUUUCUGUCUUUCUGGAACUGGAUCAGAGGUUGCUACUAUUCGUGUUUAUAUUGAGCACUAUGAGAAGGAUUCUUCAAAAACUGGCAGAGAUUCUCAAGAAGCACUUGCUCCUUUGGUUGAAGUUGCUAUUAAGCUCUCUAAGAUGGAAGCAUUCACUGGCAGAUCUGCCCCCACAACCAUCACAUAAGAACAUGCUGUUACGCAGUUUAACAGAUUUGUAUGUCUUAACAGCACAAAUAAAUGGUAUAACUGCUGUUAUGAGUCAAUAAUGCUCCACUCUACGGAUACUCCAUAUCGACUUGUGUAAUUUUUGUGUUUCUGCGGCCUCAAUAUGGUGGACAUAUUUGAUGAGAAUAUCUGUGGACUUGGGUUUCCAGUUUUGCACGUAAAAACUUUGGAUGGUCGGGUAACUUUCGGCACCUCAUUCCCUUUAAUCUAGCGUCUCUUUUACGGUA